GAAACGAGCGCAACGACGAAGAGAAAGAAUUUGUCAAUUGAUUGUUUUCUGCAUCAUUUUUAUAAUCUCGUUGCAAUCCUCGUGUCCUGUGCCGACAGCGGCUUUUUCCCCCAAAGAUAUAGCCAUAGCUGCUACAUCACAUUACUCAAUAUGUUAGAGAGCAUGGUGGACCAUACCGGUUACUCAGCGGAGGAAGUGGAGGAGGAGGAAGAAGAGGAGGAAGGUGAUGGAGAUGAGGAGUCGAAUCAAUACAAAAAGAAACCCAACACCCUUCCAUUAUGGGGUAAUCUAAAGACCAUGAAUCUGAAUGCGUUGAUUCUGACAAACAUUCAGAGUUCAACGUACUUCAAGGUGAAUCUGUACGAACUAAAGACCUUCCAUGAAGUCAUUGACGAGAUUUACUAUAAGGUGACACACUUGGAACCAUGGGAAAAGGGGAGUCGUAAGACUGCUGGUCAGACAGGCAUGUGCGGAGGGGUGCGCGGCGUUGGCACAGGAGGAAUUGUAUCCACGGCAUUCUGCAUUCUCUACAAGCUGUUCACGCUGCGGUUAUCGCGCAAGCAGUUGAUGGGGCUUGUCAAUCACCACGACUCCCCCUACAUUCGCGGCCUGGGAUUCAUGUACAUCAGAUACACGCAGCCACCUGCCGACCUGUGGGAGUGGUACGAGCCGUACUUGGAUGACGCUGAGGAGAUUGACUGUAAAGCUGGCGGCGGUCUCGUUCUCACCGUGGGAGAGAUGCUGAGGCAGUGGCUCGGAAAACUGGAGUGGUUCUCAACGCUGUUCCCUCGCAUCCCCGUUCCAGUACAGAAACAGCUGGAGGAGAAGUUGCGAGAGAAGAAGAUGCUGUACAGGCAGGAGGCGCCUCCCGUUAACGAGCGCAUUCCAGACGACCAGCUGAACUGGGGUGAAGCAGAGAGGGUGGCUGCCAAUACCAGGAGGACGGCGGAUGCUGAUCAGAAGCGUGACCACGGCGAAGGCCAUUCCCGUGGUGACCGCGGACACGAUCGACGCGGCGGGCGCGACGAGGACAAGCGAGCGGAGCUUCACGAGCGGAGUCGGGCGGGGAGGAGUGACGCGGGGAGGGACAGGCACAGAGACAAGCACUCCGAGCGCAGUCGCGAUCAUCACAGAGAUAGGAAGCGCAGCAGGAGUCGCAGCAGCGACCGGCGGCACGGCGAGAAGCACGGCGAGAAGCACGGCGAGAAGCAGGGCGGCGGCAGCCGGGACCGCGUGCGCAGCCGGGCGACGCCGGAGCGGCGCGGCUUGCUGCCGGACGUCGCCGACGAGAUCGCGCGCGAGCGCGAGCGACAGCGCCGCGAGAAGAACGGCGGUGGCGGCGGCGGCAAGCGACGCAGUCGCAGUCGCAGCCGCGAAUCGCAGCGCGGCAGGGAUAGACACAACGAAAGUCGCCCGUCGCGUGACUACAGGGACCAACGUAGAUAGCCCCAUCUUCCACGUCGUAGACACAAACCCACGGACGUCGUCUCAUCAUGGUCAAAUUGUGCCAGAGUGCAAACUGCAUCUGCACCUUAUGUGCAGCCUAGACCACAGCUGGAUUCUCUAGGAACUGCAUGGAGCAUAUUUAUUGGCUUACGUGUGCUGUUUAGCCCUUGUCUCAAAUGAACGCACAUAAUAGUUGGUCGUGUUUGUGUAGUUUCAAAACACUUCUGUACGUGUUGGCUAGUAGUGCCGUCUACUGGUAAUAUUGGGUUUUAAAACGGCUGCAACUAAGAGUCGUAAGUUGUUCACAGCUUCAUUCAUCGAACUUGCAACACUCCUGUAUAGAAUUAAUCGAGAAUGACUUAAUCGCUAUCAUUUUAGCUCAGUUUCAUUCGACAAUGUUAGUGAGAGGAGCUACCUUGAAUGUGUACAGUUCUAGCUUUAAAUUCAACGGGUAUUACAAACUUGACAGUCAUUUCACAACAGCUGCUAUUUCAAGUUGCAGAGAAGGAGAAAUGCAGACACCAUCAGAUACUUGUUACCUGUUCUUUAUAGCAGUUUUAAGGGUCAACAUGCAUGUAAAGGUAUCCGUUCCAGAAAUUUGGGAACAUUGUCUAUAAUCUUGCGUAUUUUCUGGUAAUUUGUGAACUUUCUUGAUGUUUUAAAUGGGUGGACUAUUGAAUUUAGAUUACUGGAAAAUUUAAUAGGAUGAGAUUGUUAGCAGGAUAGGAUUUUUACAUGACCUUUGACGUAACAUAUAAAACCGUAUGCGUUAUAGUGUGUCAAGAUGAUGAUUGUGAGUGGUGAACUGCCGCAGUGUGCAUGCAUGAUUGAUUUAAGUUUUUGGGGGUGAGGCACAGCUGCAACGACUCCAAUAAUUUCUGAUAGUUAUUGUAUAACACUGUUGUGAGGAAUGUACAGUUGAUUUAUUUUCAUUUUGUACUAUAUCAUAAAUGGGUUUUUAUCAUUUUGCUAUACGUUUAUCAGUCCAUACGACACUCGUGUCCAGUAUUGACUUUGCUUAGUACACUUACGUUGAUCGCAUAUCCUUCAUUUCAGUUCUCGGUCAUUACAACGUUUACUCAUAAAUAAAGAUUUUGAAUAAAAGAUGCAGUGUGACACUGAAACAUGAACACUGUGUGUCGUUAUGACUCUUA